AUUUAUCUGCUUUAAUGAAUGGAAUUGAAAUGUUAUCAUUUCUACCAAAUCCAAUUUAAACAUAACCAUAACUAAAUUUGUUAAGCAAUAGAUAAUAGGAGAAUUCAAGUAGGAAGAUAAAAUAUAAUGCAAAUAAUCCUAUAACAGUAGAUGAUGAUGAACCAGCUUAAACUAUUAAAAAAUGUUAUAAUUCAUAAUGUAAGAAUGUUGGAGAUAAGAAAAUUAAAUCUAAAAGGAAUGAUAUAUUAUUCUUUUGUGAUAAAUGUUGUAAAUUAUAUAAUAAAGGAAAUUAUUGUGAUUUUUGUGAAUAAGUAUUACUAUCCUAAUUUUAUUUAUUUAAGGUUUAUGGCUCUUAUGAUGAUGAAGCUGGUUGGAUUUAAUGUGAUUAAUGUUAAAAAUGGGUAUAAUAUAUUAAUAAUAAUAAAAAUAGAAUCACAUUACUUGUGAAUAAAAAUAUAGAAAUUAAAAUAUUGAAAAUGAAUCAGAAACUACUCCUUAUCAUUGUUUAGAUUGUUCCAAAAAUAUUAAGAAAACAAAACCAUUGAAAAUAUCUGAUGAAUUUAUACCUCCAAAAUAUCAUCCUAUACAUGAAUAAGAGGAUUGUAAAAAUAAAGAAAAAAAUAUUACAUUUGUAGCUACAAAAGACAAUAAAAUAUAAUAUAGUAAAAUAUAUAUAUAUAUUAAAUAAUUAGCAUACAGAUUAAACUUAUUUGAUGAUGAAAUUAAAUUAGAUUUAGAUCUACUUCGAAAUUCGAUUAAAAAGACUAAAAAAAUAUAAUUAACAUCUACUCCUCCUCAUGUAUUACAAUAAAAUGUAAUAUCGUCUUAAUAAUAAAGUUAGUUAUUGUAAUAGUAAUAAGAAGUAAGUAUUCAAUUCUAAUGAAAAAACUUAGGAAUAAUCAUAAUUGAGUAGUAGAAGUUUGAGAAGAAGAAUUAAUUAGAGAUUAAAUUAUAGAGAUUUAGUUGGGGAACAUUGA